GGCGGGGCCAAACCGGAUACACGUUUGGUUUAUAUGUCACUGACACUUAAAGCAGUGGCUUUUAUACAAACCAACCGCCAAGGAUUUUCAUGUUGUUUCUGGACUCUCAACUCUAGUACUAUGCGAUUAAUGAAAAAACAGACUUGUGUCCUCUUUUGUCUGUUUGGCUUUGUGCUGCUCUACAAUUUCUUAUCCUGGAGUAAAACCAUGCUGCUCUUAAAUCAGAUUGAAACCAGUGGAUCUAAACGCCCAGAGGACAACAUCACCAUCCUCCUGUGGCACUGGCCUUUCGGAGUUCGCUACAAACUGGAGAGAGGGGUCUGUAUGGAUAAAUAUCAAAUCCCUAGAUGCUUUCUGGAGGAUAAGCAAUCCCUUUUCGCUCAGGCAGAUGUUGUAGUCUUCCAUCACUUCGAGCUCUGGACUGGCCAGUCCAAACUGCCUCUCCACCUAACGCGUCCACCAAUGCAGAAGUGGCUUUGGUUAUCACUGGAACCUCCUAUGAACAAUCGCAACCUCAGCAGCUACAACAAUUUGUUCAACUGGACGAUGAGUUAUCGCCGUGACGCUGACGUCUUCAUGCCAUACGGAGAGCUUGUUUCUAAAAGGACUAAUGUCACGUACGUUAUUCCGAAGAAGAGCGACUGCCUAGUUUGCUGGGUGGUCAGCAAAUACAAAGCCAAUCAUAGUCGCUCACAAAUUUUCCAGCAGCUGAAGAAACACAUUCCAUCAAAACAAAUAGAAGCAUACGGUCUGUGGUCCAAUCGGCCGCUCUCAAACAAAAAGCUGCUUUCCACAAUAUCUCGUUGUUACUUUUACCUUGCCUUCGAGAACUCGUUAUCCACAGACUAUAUCACGGAGAAGCUGUGGCGAAACUCCCUUCAGGCGGGGAGUGUGCCGGUGGUGCUCGGACCACCCAGGAGCAUUUAUGAACUAUCAAUUCCACCAGAGUCGUUCAUCCAUGUGAAUGACUUCAGCAGCAUUAAGGCGCUGGCUAAUUUCUUAAGUCAAGUGGCUGCUGACAGAGAGCGUUACGAGUCCUAUUUUAGAUGGCACAAUUAUUAUAAUGUUAGAAUGUACACAGACUGGAGAGAGAGACUCUGUAAUAUUUGCAUGUUUUAUGACCAGCUCUCUAAGCAUAAGAAAGUGUACAAUGAUCUGUACAGCUGGGUCAACAAGUAACUGACUUUUUACAGGACUUUUUUUAUUUAAACGUGUGGAUUUUUCAAAUAAUAAUAUCGCCUUAUUUUUGCAAGUGCAGUUAAAUGUAAUUGAAACCUGACCAGGGUUGUCAAAACGCGAUAGUCAAUUAUAUAUAUUUUUUUCUUACAAUGUUGCUUAAUUAAUAUUUAAACAAUAGCAUUUUGCUUCUCGUUACAACCCUGUUUUAAACAGAUUAUGUUACUAUAUAUAUUUGUGUACACUCUAUGUGUGGAGGAACGCCCUUCCGAUUUAGUCCUCCUAAAGUUUCAUCAAUACAGCUUGAAGGCCAUUUAUCUUUUUUUUGUCAAGUUAACUGAUUGGUAAAAAAAGUAAAAUAAUAAAACAUAAUUUCACACUUA